UGAUCAAAAAUGCCAGCUCUAAUUAUUUGCAGUGGAAAGUUUGGAAAGCACUAGAUGCAGAAUUAUGCUAAAUUUAUUUAUGUUUUACAUAUAGGCUAUAAAUUAAUGUUUCCAGUGAAAUCAAACCUCAGAGGACUUUGCAGCACUUAUGCCACAACAGGCCUCCUGAGUCAUGUUAGAUACAAUAAAAACACUAGCACACACUGGUGACUCCACAGUCCCACUAAAUCAGAACACAAAUAGAGCUCAUUACCUGAAGAUGCAAUGAUGGUCAUUUCAGAGUAUAUAACAGAGGGUAUUUCUAAAAAAAAAAAAAAAAAAAAUCUUAACUGGUCAAUGAAAGUAUUUCUUGUGAAAGGAAAAUGGAGAAUGGAACAUACUUUUACUUCAUGUUGUUUGAAAAUCUUGGGAGCAUAAAAUAUGCUUUUUUCACUUUGGGGUUUAUUUUUUACUGUGCUGUCAUUUACUUUAAUGUCAUUAUUAUUCUUGUAAUAUUUCUGGAAAAGACAUUGCACCAGCCCAUGUACAUUCUGAUUUCAUGCUUGUCCAUCAACUCUGUAUAUGGUACAGCUGGCUUUUUCCCAAGGUUACUGACAGACCUGCUCUAUGAUACACACAGAAUCUCCUAUGAAGCAUGUCUCAUACAGAGUUUUGUCAUUUACUCAUAUGCAUCUUUUGAGCUUACAAUAUUAAUGCUAAUGGCAUUUGAUAGGUUUGUUGCAAUCAGCAAACCUUUGCAUUACAACAACAUAAUUACCACACGGUUACUAACUUUUUUAAUAGUUAUAGCAUGGCUUUAUCCAAUCACUUUUGUUGGUAUUGGUGGUCUUUUCACUGCCAGGCUUAAAAUCUGUGGUAACAAAUUGUUAAGGGUGUACUGCCACAACUAUGAAAUUGUCAAACUCUCAUGUGUAAACGAUACUGUAAAUAAUAAUAUUUAUGGCCUGAUUGUAAUGAUCACAACCAUUUUUAUCCCUUUGAGUUUUAUAAUAUAUACCUAUGUCAGAAUUAUUAUCAUUUGUCAAAGAAGCACACGAGAGUUCAGGAGCAAAGCAUAUCAAACUUGUAUUCCACACAUAGUGAUCCUUUUAAAUUUCUCAGUUGCUGUUUUUUGUGAGCUCACUUUGAGUCGAUUUGUGAAUGGGGAACUUCCUAUAGCGCUGACUGUUGUCAUUUCACUUGAAUUUAUUGUUGUACCACCCAUUGUAAACCCUAUUGUUUAUGGUCUAAACUUUCCUGAUAUCCGCAAAAAAAUUAGACAUCUUAUAAAAGCCUCCAAAUAGCCUGUAAA